AUGUGGUCCCGCAUCCAUCUGAUCCCCAUGCUGCAAGCAGAAGAAGACCGCGACCAGGUCCGUCGCCACUUUGCCGACAAGGCCCGCGAGCGCGAGCUGUUGGGUGCCGAGACCAAGGUUUACCACAGUGAUCGGUAUGUUCACCUUUUACCAUUCUCAAUCCAAAGAACAGGGCUGAUAUAUUGUAGCUUUGUUCGCCCGACAUUCGCCGUCACCCCCAACGAGGUCACAAAGUAG